CCGGGCAUGGCUUCCACCUCGUCUUCAGGUUCCAACUGGGGCCUAAUCAUGAACAUCGUGAACAGCAUUGUGGGGGUCAGCGUGCUAACUAUGCCCUUCUGCUUUCGACAGUGUGGCAUCUUUUUGGGAGCCCUGCUGCUUAUUUUCUGUUCCUGGAUGACUCAUCAAUCCUGUAUGUUCCUAGUGAAAUCAGCCAAUCAAAGCAAACGCAGGACCUAUCCUGGGCUAGCCUUCCAUGCCUAUGGAAAAGCUGGGAAGAUGCUGGUGGAAACCAGUAUGAUUGGACUGAUGCUAGGAACCUGCAUUGCUUUCUACGUUGUUAUUGGUGACUUGGGAUCAAACUUCUUUGCCCGGUUAUUUGGAGUUGAGGUGAAUGGCGUCUUCCGGGUAGUCCUGCUGAUUAUUGUCUCCCUCUGCAUUGUGCUUCCACUGAGCCUCCAGAGAAACAUGAUGGCUUCCAUACAGUCCUUCAGUGCCAUGGCUCUGAUCUUUUACACCGUGUUUAUGUUUGUGAUCGUGCUCAGUUCUUUCAGACAUGGCCUGUUUGGCGGGCAGUGGCUGCAGCGGGUCAGUUACGCACGCUGGGAGGGCAUUUUUCGCUGCAUUCCUAUCUUUGGCAUGUCUUUUGCCUGUCAGUCCCAGGUCUUGCCAACCUACGAUAGCCUGGAUGAGCCAUCUGUUAAAAUCAUGAGUUCCAUAUUUGCCUCAUCACUCAAUGUGGUCACCACCUUUUACAUUAUGGUGGGGUUCUUUGGCUAUGUGAGCCACACUGAAGAAAUUGCUGGGAAUGUACUCAUGAACUUCCCAUCCAAUCCAGUGACGGAGAUGAUACGUGUGGGGUUCAUGAUGUCUGUAGCGGUUGGAUUUCCGAUGAUGAUUCUGCCAUGCCGGCAGGCAUUAAAUACCCUUCUUUUUGAGCAGCAGCAAAAAGAUGGGACAUUUGCUGCAGGGGGUUAUAUGCCACCUCUGCGAUUUAAAGCACUGACACUGGCUGUUGUCUUCGGAACCAUGCUGGGAGGCAUCAUGAUACCUAACGUGGAAACCAUUUUGGGCCUAACAGGUGCGACGAUGGGAAGCCUCAUCUGUUUUAUCUGCCCAGCUCUUAUUUACAAGAAACUCCACAAGAAUGUCCUUUGUUCACAGAUCAUAUUAUGGAUCGGUUUGGGCGUACUGGUCAUUAGCACCUACACUACCUUAUCAGCAGUGGAACAUUCCCCAGCAAAAAUAGAACCUGUGGAGCCAGGCAAGCUGCCAGAAGGGAUAAGGGAUGUACCGGAUCAAGACCCUUUCAAAAUCUCAGACCAGAACCUAGCAGUGGAAAAAGUGGGCGAUAACCGUGACAAGCCCAAAGCAGAGAAUGAGAAAGAAGAAAUGGAACAGCCACAGAUCAGGGUUCCCAUUGAUGUUCCCAAGAGAGAGGAGAAGGAGAAGCCAAAGGAGGAGGUGCAGCUGGACCGACCUGAUCAAGGCAUUGCGCUCCCUAUAGGAGAAGCCCACCGCCAUGAGCCACCAGUGCCACAUGACGAGGUGGUGGUGGAUGAAGGUCAGGACCGUGAGGAGCCUGAAGAAGAGAAGCAGCCACCAGCCAACAAGGCUGUCCUGGGGGAGGGGAAACCUGUGCCAGAGAAGGAGCCUAAGCCUGUUCCUGAACAAGCAAAGGAAGACAGCGCCCAGGAGAAGCUGAAGGACCGUCCUGUGAAAGAGCCCAAGCCUGUGCCGGAGGUGGUUGCACAUGAGGAUGAGCGGCCCCCUUACAAAGACCUGGAACUGGACAGUCAGAAGGAGAAGAGAGACCAGGCUGAGGGUGUGAAGGACAAUGCCAAGGAAGGAGUGGAACCUGUUGAGAAGAACGAACCUGCAGGUGAAAAGGAAGAGCCGCGGCCGCCAGAGCAGCCAGAACCUGCCCACGCUGAGCAGAGGGAGAUCCGUAACGUAGAAGAGAAUCCAGACAGCAAGCUAGAAGAAGCUGGCAAAGAGAAGCUACUCGACCAUGAAGUCCUGCUGCAGGUGAUUAAGGAGCAGCAGGUUCAGCAGAAGCAGCUCUUGGACCAGCAAGCCAAGUUGCUGGCGGUGAUUGAGGAGCAGCACAAGGAGAUCCACCAGCAGAGACAAGAAGAGGGAGGAGAGGAAAAGCCAAAGCCAGAAAUUCACCAGGAAGCUGGCCUGCCUCUUUCCAAGAACAAGGAAAGAGAGGAAGGCCCUGCAAGUAAAAUUGAAGAUGCAGCAAAGAAUGCACCCAGUGAGAAACUGGGUCAUCCUUUGCAUGGGCUCAAUAACCAACCCCUGGACUUGGAUGGACAGCGAAGACAGCCGGCCACAGAUCCAGAAGGAGAGCUGAAGCAUGUACACAAAUUAACUAGAGCUCCACCUAAAAAUCCAGCCUCUCUAAAUGACGGUGAGAAUAUUGCACAACACCAAGCAGGGAAAAAUUCAGAGAAGGUGGUAGAGCCAGUCCGAAGCGAUUCACAGAUAGCGGGGGCUGAUGGAGAACAUCAAGAGAAACAGAAAGAAGGCCAUGAUACUCAGUUGGCCCAAGAUGCCCAAAAGAAAAUGAAGAAUGCACAAAAAAUAGACGAAAUUGGGGGAAAGGUUGGAGGCCAGAAGGAGAUGCUUGGUGAAGCUAAAGCCCUUGCUGGGAAGAUUGCUCCGAGAGUCUCUGAGAGAGAACCACUUGCCAGAGUUAAUCAAGAGGAGUUUCAGAAUCAAGAAAAGCAAGCAGAUCCAGCAGACAAGCCAAAGGUUGCUGAAAGCAUACAACAGAUCCAGGCAGUCCCAGGAGCUGUGAAUGCUGACGAGACUGGGGUGAAACAGACCUUUUUGGGCCAGGCUGAUGGACUGCAGGGCCAAAGAGGCAGUAGCAAAGAUAGGGCAGCAGCUGGAUUCCAUAUUCCACAGGCAAAUCAAGUCAAUGAAUUCAGGCUUGGUGCCGAAAGUGAGCCCAAAAACCCAGGGAAGUUGCAUGAGUCUGAGGGUGACCCUGUCCUAAAGGGUGACCCUGUACUAAAGCCAGAGGAGAUUGCUGCCCCCAGGGAACAUGAACAUGUGAAACCUAACCGAGACCUGAAGCUAAAGGAAGAUCCGGACUUGCGCCGCAGGAGACGAGACCUGGAGGAAGAGGAGGAAGAGACCGGGAGGGUGAUAAUUGGACUUAAUCCCCUCCCAGAUGUGAGAGUCAAUGACCUGCGCAGUGCACUGGAGACUCAGUUGAAUCAGGCAGCAGAAGGAGCCCAGCAAGCACUUCACAGUCGACAAAUAAAACAGAUGCCGGUGGCAGAAGAAGAGGUGUGAGAUCAGGACUUCAUACUAUUGACCCAGGUGUUGGAGGCUGUUGGCUAUUCUGGGGUGUCUGUUACUGAGCUAACUGCAGUUGAGUGUGUAACUGCUGGCAGUCUGAAC